CAAGAAGCAACACUAAGAAACAACUAGCAUGCCACAUGCUGUUCACUGUUGCCUCAGUGGACCAAUGUUGUGAGGUUGUGACCCAGCUUAAAAUGGCAACUGACUUUGACUUCGGUUCUGUCAGUCUGUCACUACUGUCGACUGUCUUGACUUUUUACAUUGGCAUCACGUUUUUAUUCUACUCAUCCUCAUUACUGACCUUUUUGAGAUUAACAAGGUAAACAAAAACGUAAACCUUAUUUUCUGAGUUAUAUUAAUUGAAAUAAUUUACAACAAUUGAGAAAAUCUAAACCAUUGCUGAUACUAUGCAGUGCCGCUCUAACCUUGCUGUACAUUACCUACUGCCGUAAACUUCAUCUCACCAACCAAAGGUAUCAGAAAAGAAAGUAGUACUGUUAAGGUACAACAUGGAGAAAAAGGAUAAGAUAACAAAUAACAUGGAUAGUAGUCAAGGACCUAACCAAAACAUUGCAAAACCUUCAGGCGGAGAGGUUGAAGAUAAGACAAAAUUAUCUGGGGCAAGAAGAAGGCGCCUAAGGAGAAUCUUAAACAGUGGAAUCCCUUAUGAGUUUGCUGUUCAGAUGGCAUAUGAAGAAGAAAAGGAAGAAGCUGAGGAACGACAGAUGAAUGCAAACUCUUCUUUAUCAGCUGAAGUUUCACGAAGAGGUUCAAAAAGCUACAAACAUGUGCAUAAGUCAGAGAACCUCAAGACAAAUAAUUUGUCUAGUGCUAAAAAGAAGAAGCAAGAAGAAAUGGAUGAAGCAACAGGUUCAGACAUCAAGAAAUGGAGAUAUAUGUCUGGGACAGGUAGAAUUCAGAAUUCAAAAGAUAUACCUAACAGAAAAGGUGAUUGGAGAGCUGGUAGUUCAGUACACAUUAAGGAAUAUAAAGCACCUUUUAUCCAUUCUAGGUCAUUUGCAGAAAGUAGUGCUUGGAUAGGAGAGACUAAGAGGUCUAUAAUGGGUGACCAAACACACCCAUGGAAAUUUAAUGAUAAUUUAAAAUUUAAAACAACCACAGUAGCAAGAGGGUGUAAAAGAACUUUUAAAAAAGAUAAUUCAGACUAUAGGGAGAGUAAUUCGAAAAGAAGUAAUCUAGCAAUUGGUGAACAUUCUCACCAAUCUCCAAAUUUCAAAUUUGGUGCUUCAGCAAUUAAGAACCCUAAAGAUAAAAUUUACUUACCUGUAAAAUCUCCAAAGUCACAUAUGCAAAGUAAUGAUGUUCUCACAUUUAAAGAAUGUGAGGAGGUUAAAUUAACUGGAUCAACGCAAAUAGAUUUAAAAAAAUUAGUAGCUUGUGGUGUCCCAUACAAGACUACUAAGGAAAAGGUAUUGAAAGACAAAGCUCAAAUGAAGAGCACAGGACAAAAAAAUUCUUCAAUGGAGUUAUCUGGAUCUAGCAAUCCAAGAGCUAGUCAAGUCAAGUACCAUUCUACAUCACCUUCAGAUAGUAGUAUUUCCAAACAAAACAUCAAGAAGGGAACAAGAUGGUCUAAUAAUGAUGGUCAAGCAAUAGAAUAUUCAUUGAACAAAUCCAACUUUAAAGUUGGGAACUCCAAAUCAUUGCUUUUAACAGAUAAUUCUUUUGGGCAAAUUCUCAAUAAGUGGCAAAAGCACCCUUCAGCUGCGUUGGCCAGUUCUAGUAGUAGUACUUUUAUACCAAAUAUGAAAUCCAGAAAGGAUCUAAAAUCUUUAUAUGUAGCAGGAUUACUUCACCCAGAAUAUCCAACAUCCAUUUUCACUAGAGACCAGUUAUUAACCCUUAAAGAGGCAGUAGUGGAAGCUGUUACAUAUAUUCCUGAUAACAUACCACAAGAGAAGAUGCAUUGCAUUCUGAGAUAUGGUUGGUUACAAAUAACCUGUGCAGAUGAGGCCAGUCUAAACAGUUUAGAAGGUGUGACUAAAAACCUACAGUCAUAUGGAAUGUUAGAAUUUGUAAAAGGCAAAGACCUACCAAAUCCUCAUGUCUGCGAGGCUUUCCUUCAUGAUGAUGCAGAGGGUGAACACCUUAUAGCACAAGAUGUGUUAAAACGACUGGAAAGGAUGAAUGAUGGUCUGGAUACUCAGACAUGGAUUGUACUGGAUCACAUAAUUUCAGGUCCAGGACAAAUAUGGACUUUUGCAAUUGAUGAAAUGUCACUGCAAACUCUAACAAGAGAGAGCUUCAGGCUUUAUUUUGGUUAUGAUAAAGUUCAGUUCCACCUGAAGUCUAUGGUAGAAGAAACCAUAGACUUAAGUGAUGAAACUUCAUCCAAUAUGUCUAUAAAUUCUACAACUGGUAGCAACUCCAAAGAUGUCAGUACCCCUGAGGGUACAUUAUUGAUGAAGGAUUCUUACACUAUGAAGUUUGAAAAAAGUUCUCCACAUAUGCCUAGGAACUCUGCUGCUGUUAUAUCUUGUAGCAACGCUAAUAUUGGAAAUAUCCCUGGGAGUGCAUCACAGAUGGGAUUUGCCAGCACUACCAAGUAUGGAAUGAGUUCUUUACCAUAUAUGCCUGUAAAUUCUGCCACUUUUAUACCUGGUGGCUACUUUGGAAGUGGAAAUAACCCUGGGGGUACAUCACAAAUGAAAUACUUUAGCAAUUCCAACUAUGGAAUGAGUUCUUUACCAUAUAUGCCUGGAAGUACUGCUGCUUUUAUACCUGGUGGCUACUUUGGAAGUGGAAAUAACCCUUGGGUUACAUCACAGAUGGAAUACUUCAGCACUACCAAGUGUGGAAUGGGUUCACCAUAUAUGCCUAGAAAUUCUGCUGCUGUUAAACCUGGCAGCAACUUUGGAAGUGGAAAUACCCCUGCGUGUACAUUAACGAAGAAAGAUUCCAGCACUACAAAGUAUGGAAAGAGUAGUGCUAAAGAUAUGAAUCCCUUUUAAUCACAUUAAGAGGAUGCAGUGUUGCAACGUGGUCUGGUCAGACCGGUGCAAGUAAAUCUGCAAAUAGUCAAGGACGUCAUAAUCGACCUUGACAAAAUUGUUUAGGGUUGAAAUCUAAAUCACCCUCAUCAAGGUACCUGGAACUCUCAACAGACAUCAUGUCAACUAACUGGUAAUUCUUCAAUGAGGUAUGAGACUUCUGUAGCAAAAGACUCUCCAAUUUGAGUAAAGCAGAGCUGUUAUCUGCCUGAUCAUCUACCAUGGAGAUGCAGAAAGCCCUUUCUACUGCUUAGACGGUUAUUGGGCCUGAAAUAUAGACCAAUGCCUACUGCUGAGCACUCAGUAAGCUUUUGAAUGCAAUAUGUUUUGGAGCAAGGUGUAUAUAACAUACACGUGCAUGUGCAUUCAUUUGGUCGCAGAGAUAUCUUCCCCAGAGGUCAUUAUUUUGAGUGUGUUCACUAUUGCUGUCCAGAAUGCCUAAAAUAGUUUCUCGGAGUAUAGCUUGUUCAGACAUCAAAGACCAGGAGGAAUAUGGCGAUGAAAAACCAUUACAUAUUUACUAUUGUAUCUGCGGACAAAUGACUUUAAUUUUGGACUGUUCGAUAGAAAAACUGCCACUUCGCAAAAGGGAUGGAGCCAGAGUUUUGGAUGGUGCAAAUCAUGCACAUAAGAUAACUUGUGAUUUAGAUGAAACAGUACAUAUUAAGAGAGCAGAUGGGAUUGAAAGACAACAUCGACUUAAAUGUAAAAAAUGCGGAUUACUUCUGUACUAUAAACAUGAUCCCAGUUCUUCAGUCAGUUUUAUUGUAAAUGGCUCUUUGAUAAAAAGCUCACGAGAAGGUCCAAUCAGCAAUAUUUAUAAUCAAGUUGCAGUUGAGAAACCAAAGAAGAUUAUGGUCACAAAGCAUACGAAGAACAUGGGAAAAUUCAGUUCAGUUACAGUUUCUACUAUUGACGAAGAGGAAGAUGAAAUUGAAGCUGAUAUCCAAUAAUUGGAGAGAAGAUUGAGAAAAAACAAUAUAAUUUUAUCAAAAAGAAACUGAAAACUCAAUCAAGGGAAUUGAAAGAUAUUUAUUAUAGACUGAGAUAUUAGAGUUGUGAUAGAGUGGUCUCUUACUGCUCCAUAUUCAAAUCAUAAUCCCAGUUAUUGAGGUAUAUCUUGAAAUGUUUCAGAGAGAAGUCGCUGACAGCUAUGCUAACAACGCCCGCAUAAUAGAAAAGCAGUUGGAGAGGAAAGGGAUGACGAAAAGGAAGCAGGAACAGGGGAGAAUUCAAGACAUAAAAAAAGUUCGUGGUACCUUGAUAGACAAGUGAUAAGACCUUAUAGUGCGCAUUUGUAUAUAUAUUUUGCAUAUUAAUAGUAUCUGAAUUUUUUUUGUGAAUGUUCUUUUAUAUAAAGCUGGUGGUAACUUGACAGAUACAUGAACAAGCAUCAUUGUAUUGCGUAUUUGUAACUAUUUUCAAAUUUUAUUGGUAUAAAUCGGAGAAUGAUAGAAUAUUUCAUAGACUUAUUUUUUGUAGAAUAUAGUUAAGUAUUUUUUUUCAAAACAGAAUUGCAUUCAAGAAUGUGAUUGUUUUGAACGUUAUUAGUUUUACGGUUUUGCAAUUAUUUUUAUGAAUGCUGUUUAUGUAACGUGUAUGAAAUUCAUGAGAAAAAUAAAGCAACA